GAAGAGUAACAUUCGCUAUGGCGCCAAGCAUUGCAAGCUGCCCCAGCUGCGGCCGAUGCAAUAGCGACCGGCGGAAUGUACGCCCAAUAUCGGACCCUCAUGGGUUGACUGCAACAUUGGCGGGUGUCGCAUCCAGGCGAGGAAUUGCUACCGGGAAUUGGCUGUAAACCCCAUCGAAAGGGCGGUAAAACAAACAUGAGGAUGUCUUCGCAUUGGACAUCUCCCGCGCUUGGUGGUUUCGACAUUGGAUCUUACACAACAGCUGUGCGCCGUGUCACCUGCCAGCAGCACGGUGAAUGGGUGAAUUUCUCCGUGGUUGGGCCAAGCCCCAGCGCGAUCGAUCGUGUGGGGAGGCGCGGGCCACUGCAGACGCCAACGGUUCAUCAAGAUCAAGAAGGCAACUCGGACGUUUUGCCUCGCUUGCAAAGCCUUUCUUGGGUCUGCGGGUAUACGUUCCCGACGCUCGCAUCCUGGAGAGGAGUCAGCAAGAGGAGAUUCGCGACGGCGCUCGCGCCAUUCAACCACGACAAACCGCGUGUUUCGUUCCUGAUUGUCCCUCGGGAAGAGCAAUCCUUGUUCCUAGUAUUUGGUGAACAGGGGCCACGAUUGGCCUGCCGUUUGCAUGUCAGGGGAAUUGCGUCCAGGGCAGGUUUUUACUCACGGCCGCUUCAACCGCUCUCGACGCGCUUCAACGUGGGUGCACCAUCAAUUUCUGAUACAGUCGAAUACAACGCUGGGCAAACCCACCUAGCAACCUCGCUGCAGAGCCCACCCGCCCACGGAAGGACGAAGGUUACAACGGGCGUUUGACUUUGGCCUCAGCUGC